AAUCUCAGACUCCCGCUAAAACUAAAAGCCCUAGCUGUUUUCGUUGGAAAAUAAAACAAAUUCAAAAUCUUCUCUAGGGUUUUAUUGUCCGUCCCGAAUUUUAGAUUUCUGAGUAGGGGAAAGGAAAACCAGAACUGCUACAACUGAGAGACAGAGAUGUCGAAGAAGAACGACUUGGCGCGAAGGAAAAGACAGCAUGAUUUUGAGCUGCGAAGAGAGAAGGAGGAGAAAGAAAAAAGGGAGAAGAAGCUACAAGCAAAAAAGGCUAAGAUGAAAAUCGACGGUAGUGAGAAGAAAAAGAAGGGUUGUGGAGGUUUUCAAGUUGGUAAGAGAAAGCUGAAGACCAAAUUGACAGCACUGGCAAAGGCUAAAGCCGCCCAAGCAAUGGAGGUCGACAAGUGAAUUUUAAUGUAAGACAAUGGAUAAAUUACAUGAUAUCUUCAUAGGUUAUGCAGACAAGGAUAGUUCGCGUUGCAUUUUCAUAGUGACUUAGGUCUUCCUUUUGUACCAAAGCAGGAAAUUCUGUUCCUCCUUUUGAAAUUUCGACUCCAAUUCAAUGAAUUUAGUUGUUUUCUACACCAGGAGAUCACACAUUUACUGGUACAGUAACUAUUCAAUAUGUUUGCCACACUUUCAAUUGAUAUUUUCAGAUUUCACGGCUUGAUCAAACGAA